UCCGCCUGGAACUUCCUUUCUGGCAGCGGCUUAAUCUUCGCCAACAUGCCACUCGCAAAAGACUUGUUGCACCCGACCCCUGAGGAGGAGAGGAGGAGUCACAAGAAGAAGCGUCUCGUUCAGUGCCCCAAUUCUUAUUUCAUGGAUGUCAAAUGUCCAGGAUGUUAUAAGAUCACAACUGUGUUCAGCCAUGCACAGACAGUAGUGCUUUGUGUGGGCUGCUCGACUGUGCUGUGUCAGCCCACCGGAGGCAAAGCUCGACUCACAGAAGGGUGUUCCUUCAGAAGGAAGCAGCAUUAAGAUGUUCUCUAGAUGCUUGCUCGGAGAAAGAGGGAGAGAAGAUGAUGAUCUGGCCUCCGUGACUGCGUGACGGAUGAAGAAAUACAACCAAACACCCUCAUUAGACGCCUCAAGGACAGGCAGGAACAUUCACUAAACUGUCUCUCUUUCUCUCUCUGUUUCAAUAAAAUGUUUGGGCUACAAUAA